AUGUAUAACAAUCAGACAGUUCAGUUAGUGGGUAGAUUGAGUCCUAAAACCAAGAUUAAUCUCGAGUAGCAAAAUAUGCAUCGACUUUCAAAUAAAAUGCUAGCCAAACACAUUAAUCCUGACAUAGCACUUGUCCCAAUGCUCGAUGACAUCAUACCAUUUAGUGAAAUUUUGAAUUAGAGAAAAAUGAUGCAAUCCGUCUAACCAAUCCAAUAUUAUGAAGAGCAGAGACCAUCAAGAACUAUCCUUACGACUCAGCCAAGAUCUCAUACAAAUAAGUCUUCAAGAUCAAUUAAAUCUAAUUCAACUCAUAGAGAUCAAAAGUCAAGAAUGUCCAAUCAAAAAUAUGAGUUGAUGAGUUGUUGUUCCUGUUCUUGUUGUGGAUGCAGUCGAAAGAGCUCCACAAGACUCAAGAAGACUCCAACUCCCACUCCCAAAGUCAGAAGAAAUUAUCAAGAAAAUCCAUCAACCAACAAAUCUAAUAAGUCUAUAAAACAAUCUUCAAUUGCUAGUUCAGAAUCAAAAAAGUCUAGAAAAUAAAAAAUUUUGAAUUCUUCCUAAUAAACCAAAUAAAAAUGCGAAUAUCAUCAUUAUGAACAUAGAUAAUCCCAUUAAACUACUCAUUAAUCAAACAAAAAGCCAAGACCCUCAAGUGCUGCCAUUGUCAAUCCAGAAACUGCUAGAAGAUAAAAAUUGAGAGAGUACCAAGAAAAAUAAAAAUAACUAUAAUAUUUAUACAGUGCUAAAUAACUGUAACCAUAACCAAGAGAGUAAAGCAUAUCAAAAGUUGCAUGGAGAGCAGAUAUAUCAAGAAUUGAAGAAGGCAAAGAAAGAAAAAGCAGGAUCGAAAAAAUUGUUUAGGUUUAAAGAGAUAUUCUAAAUAAAUCUUUAUCAAGACACAGAAGUGCUUCAAAACAAGAAUCCAAAAAGAUUGUACCUCCUCCUGAUCCUCAAAAAUUGAAACUCUUAGAAUAAAGAAAAAAGUUAAUGGAAAAAAAGAAUUAAAAAGUCAUUCAUGAUAAGAAGGAGACAUAAAGAUUAAAAUAAGUUCUUAAUUAAUUAAAAAAACAAAAAUAAGAUGAAAAAGACUAAAAAACAAAAAAAACAGAAUAAUUAUCUAAAUUACAAUAAUAUCAAAAAGAAAAUAGAUUAUAAUGUAAAAAAAAGAAAUUUGAACCAUCAGAAUAAUAAAUUGAUUAGGCCUUUUAAAUUGUAUCAAGCGAUAAGGUAGAAAAUGAAUCAUGA